AAGAGGCAAUACAAAAAAUAUUCUACUUUUUAACUCAUUCUUUGAAUCAGAACAUUUUCAUGAAUAUAAUUUUUAACGUAAAUGACAUUUCAUUUUAAACAUCAGAUUUUUAACAGCAGUAUUAAAAUAAAAUACUGUAUUUGAUUAUCAAAAACGAAAGAUACAAAUUUCCAAAAUGGAGAAUGCAUUUUUUCCAUCAGAUCCGUUAGCAACUGUACAGUUUAUAUCAGUAAUCAAUUACUUAAAUAUAUUAAGUGAUUUUUUAUAUACUGAAAAUUAUUUGACAGAAGUUCAUCAAAAUAAACAAAUACCCAUUGUUAAUGCACUUUAUGAAUAUUUAGAAGAGAAUCGUGAUAAUGUUUCUGAAAAAGUGAAAUUAAUUCGAAAACUGCUACAAGGUAGUGAUUUAUAUGGAGAACGAGAUAAUGAAAAUUUUGAUAUAAUUUUUGUUAAUACAAUGUUUGAUUAUAUCAUAAGUUCCCUUGUAUUUGCCAAAUAUGGAAAUAGUUAUGGAUUUUUGGCAGAAAUAAUUCGCAAAACGGAAAAUUUAAAAUUUGAUUAUGUAUUAACGAUGAUUAGAGAAACACUUGAAAAUACAACAUUUAAAAAUGAAUAUGGUUCUAAUUCGAAACUUACUCCUUUAUCAGUAAAUAGAAUAUAUAACGAUAUAAUAAUGCCUCUUUUUCCUCAACCUAAUACCAAUAUCAGUAUAUUGUCUUUGGAUUAUAUUUUUGCACAAGCUGGUUCAAUAUAUCUUCGUCUUGGAAAAAUAAGUGAUGUUUAUUAUCCCGAUAAUGAAAAUUAUACUUAUAAAUAUUUUCAGCAGAAUAAUUAUUAUUUAUUUGAUGAAUAUUUAGCAGUAGGGCACAUUAUAAAAUAUUUAUUAUAUCAAAAGAAAAUUGAUUCUUUUACUUUACAUGCAUUUGCACUUCCAGCAUUGCUCUAUUAUAUAUCAACUGAAAAAAAAGUAGUUACUGAUGAUAAAACUAUAACAAAUGUGAUAUUUCAACCACAACAUUGGGAAAAGGCUUGCUCUAAUCUUUUUCAAUAUUUAGACAAUUCUUUUGACAAAAUCAAAAAUCAAUUAACAAUGGACUAUACAUUAAAAAUUCAUUUAGCAUUCUCGAAUUUUCAAAAUUUUGCUGCAAUGGCAGAAUUAAUAUUAGAUUCAGAAUGCCAAUUUUUGAGUAAGGAAUAUCGCGAAACAAGAAUUUCUGUUUAUAUUCAAAAUGCUGAAAAUUUUGAAUGUCAACGUGGCUUUGUGCUACGAAACUUAAAUGAUUUAUAUGAGGAACAAAUUUAUAAUAUUAGCGAGAUAUAUGGAAAAUAUGAUUUAGAAAUAACUCAACAAUCUUUUAGAGAUUCUUUAAUAGAUGAUCUUCAUGGUGUAGUAGUAACACUAUUAUUUACCAACGAUCAAAUAGUAUUAGAUGAUCAUUUAAAUAAUAGUUCACAGCAAUUAUCCUACGAUUUACUUGAAUUUUAUUCUCCUCAGAAUGAAACAUUUGACUAUUAUGCUUUAAUACGAGAAAAUUACACUGUUACAAUAAUUAAAGAAUCUGAUAAUCCUGAAAUUUUUCGACAGAAAAUUAAUUUUUCUAUAAAAAAAUUAAUACAUUCCGGACAUCGUAUAAUUUUAAAGUAUGCAAAUGAAAGUACCAAUAAACUUACUGAAGAACUAAUGAAAUAUAAGAAAAAACGAUUUAAAUCCCAUUUAGUUUCUUUGAAUGAUAAAAGUCAUUGGUGGAAAGAAUUUGGUUUAUCAUUGAUGCCAUUCUAUUCUUGUUUAAACAACAUCACAGAACAUCAGUUUAUCAAAAAUAAUACAUGUGAAAAAAAUAUUAUUAAAUUUAUCAAUAAAUUUUCAAAUGUAUCAUUACAUUUAAUACAAAAAAAUACACAAUCUCUUCUUUCAUCAUUGGGUACAACUAUUAAAACAAUAUUCUUAAAAGAAACAAUUAGUAAAAUAGUAGAUGUAAACAACGAUUCUAAUCUAUUGCCACAAAAUGAUACACCUAUGGAUGAAGUUUAUGAUAAAUUUUCCCUAAACAUGGAGGAACCAUCAUUUAAAUCUUUUUGUCGUACACAAAAUGGUAUGAUACUAGUGGUAAGAAUUAUUAAUGAUUUAGAAAAGAAUAUAAAUUACAAUUUUACAUCUGUCAAGGAUAUAUUGAAUAAAAUGCAAUUAUUAAAAUUUACUUAUACUAAACAAAUUCAAAUGAUGGUUAAUGGAAAGAAAGAACAGUUUUUAGUAAAUAGUUUAAAUGAUAACACUGGUUAUGGUUACAAGUUUAUAAUUAUUCGUACAUCUAAUAAUACACAAGAAAUUGCACAAUUAAGAACUGGAUAUGAAUUUAAAGAUGAAAUAUUAAUAAUACCAAUAAUGCAAAAUUUAUCAUUAAAUAAUGUUAAAACGUAUAUGAAAUUAAAUAACACAAUUGAAUCUAAACCUUAUUUCAUCUAUGAAAUUAAUAAUCAACUUCGACGGAAAUCAACACGAGUACUAUUUUCUGGUAUACCGAUAUAUUAUAUUGAUAAUGAUAAAUGUAAUACUGAGGAAUAUUUAGAAAAAACAGAACACUUUGGUGAUUGUCUGAGAGAAUGGCGUUUUAAAAUUAAAAUUAUUAAUUACGAAGAGGAAACAGUAAAGUCAUUAAGAAAACAGGGAAUUCUUAAAAGAAGACAUUUUUCAUUUGAAGCAAAGAUACGCGUUAUAUUGAAAUAUUAUACAUUUUUAAAUGAUUCAUCAAUAUACUACUUUAUCGAAAAUUUGUCUAAAGAUUUAAGUUUUGAAAAAAAUGAUUGGAGUAUUAAGAAUAUAAUUGAUAAAUCAGGUUAUUUAAAAAAAUUAAUGUACGAUAUACGUUUGGAAAAGAGUAAUAAGGUGUUAUUGUAUGAUGGUGAAAGAAGAAUUAAUUCCAUUUACACUUACAGAGAGAGAUGUAAAAUUGAAAAAGGAACAUCUUUAGAAAAUAUAAUUAAUGAUUACAAUGAUCAGAAGGCGUGUUAUUCGGUGACAUUUGAAGAUUACUAUGCAAUAAGAAAUUUUGCCACAACAGGUGAUAGAAGAAUUACUGCUGACAUAAGUGAAGCAAAACAGAUGAAAAUUGCCCUCUAUAAUUUGGCAGUAAGACAAUUUGAAGAUUUAAGCGAGGAAUUUGAAUUUAGAUUAUUUCGUGUCGAUACUAAACAUCUAGAAUUUAUCGCCAAAGAAUUGUACGUAGGUAAACGAAUUGUUUUGCAAAAAUUUACUUCAACAUCAGCUAGAGAAGAAUCUGUAAUGAGAUUUUACUCAUAUCCAUCGUCUGGAUUUAAAAAUAUUUUGUAUGAAUACAAUUUUAUAGGACCUUAUUUUAGAGCAGAAAUCGAGAUGAAGGUCGAACAAUUUGAAGUUCUUUGGGAAAAAAAGAAUAUUCUUUUACCUGGCAGUGUAUUUACAAUAAGUCAAAUUAAAAAUGUGACAAUUAGUGGAAUGGGUAAUGUUUUAAAAGUACUACUAACAUCUACAUUUGAUAGUAUUAAUGAAAAGUAUGAAUGGUAUAAAAAUAUCAUGAACGAAAUUAAACGAAUUAAAACUAUAAAUUAAGAGUUUAUUAUUAAUAAUAAUUGAUUAAUCAGAUAUUAAUAAUUUUUUUACGUGAAUGUUAUAAAAGUAUCAUAAGAAAAAUAACACGUGUCAUGUUAUUAUAUAAAUAAAAAAAAAAA